UUGAAGACAAUCGAUAAAGCAGAUCACUAGAUAUAAAUACAGCAACAGGCAAGGGAACAAAUAAGGAAUCUUACUUUUGUGGUCACUGUUCAGAGAUGCCUCGUCGUACGAGGAGAUGUCUUCUUUUGCUGUUCUGUCUUCUGUCAUUCGUGCUGAUAGAUUGUUUUGACAUUGGAAUAUCGACAAAGUGCGUGUCCGUACCAAAGGAAAUGGGGUUAUGUCAGGAUGUCGGAUACUCAGAAAUGAGGCUUCCAAAUCUGAUGGGCCACACCACAUUCGGAGAGGCUAUCCCGAAAUCUGCCGAAUGGGAGUCGCUUCUUCGCACUGGCUGCCACUCGCAGGCCGCCACUUUCCUGUGCUCGUUGUUUGCCCCCGUCUGCUUAGAUACAUUCAUCCAACCUUGCAGGAGUAUGUGUGUGGCUGUGAGAGACAGUUGUAGUCAAGUCCUUGCCUGCCAUGGACAGUCCUGGCCUGAUGCCUUUGACUGUAAUCGAUUCCCAGCUGAUGAAGACACAUGCCUCACAUCAAUCCAUACAGAGUCUACUGCUUAUCGAAAAUUUUUUCCAAAACCCACUUGCCAGGGCUGUCCUACUACGGAGGAACCAGGUGCACACAAAAGAGUAUUACAAACAUUUUGUCAGAACAAUUUUGCUGUGAAAGUUACACUAGCACGAAGAAAGGGUGCCUCAGGAGAUUCUGAAUAUGAUGUGGAAGGGCGGGUAGAGAUGAUCAGCCCUGGCUCGCUGUUUUCCUUUGGAACACGCACUAUUAUUCAGCAAUGGCUCCUUAUCAAUGCAAACUGCGCCCACAAGAUGAUUCGUAGUAGCAACCGAGGCGUACAGUAUGUCCUCAUUGGCAAUGUUCAGGACACCAAUAUAAUAGUAAACAAAAUCUACUUGUGGCACAAAAAGGAUACUCAACUGACACUUGCCGCCCGUAAAUGGAAACAACAUAAAUGCUAG